GAAGAUGAUUCCGAUCAAGUUUUCCCAAAUCAAAUCAACGUCUUGCCAAAGCCGCAUAUUACUUCUCGGAUCGUCAUAAAGGUAAAUGCGGAGAGGCAGGGUUCUCUUUUACCAUCGUCUUCCCAGACAGCUUGCAGUUCGCCACCUGGUGAUCCGCUUGUUUCAUCAACUGAAACAUUCAGUUCGCCAACCAGUUCAAGUCCACCUCAGACGAUGCUGCCUACAAACGUCCCAGCUGUUGUUGCCAAAAAGCCGUUGGUAGAAUACGACGAGAGCGAUAGCGACGAGGACGAUGAAUCCAGCGUUUCAGAACCAGCUGCAGGAUCAGAUUCACUUCCUUCAAGUUCAAGCUCUGUCGGUCGACCUACCUCAAAUCUGAGUAGCCAGUUAUCCAGUGAUGAUCAAGACGAUGUUAGCAGCACUUCCGGUGACCAUGAACCCUCCCCGGUUUUUGUUGAUGACACCAAAGAAGAUCAAGAAUUUACUACAGAAGAUUUGGCCACGAAAUUUUCACAGCACACGUCACGAAAAAGACCGUCAGAACCACCGUUUGGGGAAAAGAUGGAAGAGGAUUGGAACUUCCCUCCGGAUGAUUUUGACAGGAAACGUCUCAGGAUAACUGACAGUGAAGACGGCGCAGAACAAAUUGUUACGCCUAGUGAUAAAUCUGCUUGA